CGCAAAGGCGCUGGGUCGAGGAUCCCGGAAGGGUCCUCGCAUUGUUUACAUUCUCGUCUUUGUCCAGUGGAAAUUCCGCCAAAAUGUCCAAAAAACGGUCCAAAGGCGGUGAGAGCAGCAGCCUGCGGGCGGUGAUCGACGAGCAGCUGACGGCGGCCGCUCAGGAGAUCUUCUGGCUGCUCAAGGAGCGCCAUCAGACGGACGUAGAGGAGCUGAAGGAGCUGGUGACAGAGCGGAUCUCCGCGGCCGUGGAGCACAUCUUCACCGUGUUUGAAGCGAGCAGAGCGGCCGAGCGGGGAGCAGAGGAGCCCGAGUUGUGUUUGUCAGUCGGCGUCAGGAGUCUGUCUGAUGAGAAACACCAGAAGCGCAAUGUCUCUGUGGACAACCAGCUGAAGGAACCUCUGCCGGGAACUUCCUCCAGACCAGAAAAUGUUUCUGAACCGGACCACCACACAGCCUCUCCGGCUGGCAAGGAGGAGGAGGACGAGAAUGACGAAGAAGCAAUGCCUCACUGCUGCAGAGUCUGUGGGAGGUCCUUUGACAGGAAGGGCUUCCUGAUGAAACACGUGGAGAAACACUUGAAGGAGGCAGAGUGUGUUUGUGGUCUAUGCGGCGAGCGUUCGGAGUCCAGCGACGGCUUGAGGCUGCACCUUCAAACGCACCGUGACAGCAGCAGGACCUGCAACGUCUGUGGCAAGAAGUUCCCGUCAAUCCGAGCUCAGGAGACACAUCUGAGGCUGCACACGGGAGAGAAACCCUUCAGCUGCCUCGUCUGUGGCAAAGUCUUCAACCAAAAGGGCAACAUGGUGACGCACAUGAGGAUUCACACGGAGGAGAAGCCAUUCAGGUGCUCCAUCUGCCACAAAGAGUUCAGCCACACUGGCUCUCUGGAGCGGCACAUGAAGGCCCAUGACGGACAGAUGCCAUUCAGCUGCAAACUCUGUGGCAAAGAUUUCAGCAAGAGUACCGAGCUUAGGCGCCACAUUCGGAGCCACGAGUCCAGUGACAGGAGCAGGCGUAGGAAACCGAGUCUGACUCCUUCUCACUGCUGCAAGGUCUGUGGGAACGCCUUUCACAAUAAAGGUAAUUUUCUGCGGCAUGCAGAGACUCAUUUAAAUGAUCCUGCGUGUCGCUGUGGUGUCUGUGGAGAGCAGUCUGAAUCCUCUGAGAACCUGCAACUUCACAUCCAGAGUCACAGAGAAACCAGCAGGAUCUGCGACAUUUGUGGUAUCAGCUUUAGGGACAUGGAGAUCCACAUGAGGACGCACACUGGCCAGAAACCCUUCAGCUGCAAAGACUGUGGCAAGGACUUCCCUAGGAAAGGCUCUCUGGAGAGACAUAUGAAGCUACAUGCCGGUGAGAGGCCGUAUAUCUGCGAGUUCUGCGGGAAGACCUUCAUCGAAAACACUGUUCUGAAGAGACACAUCAAGAGCCACAUGGGAGGGAAGCCAAGGAUUUACUCCUGUGACGCUUGUGGAAAGAAGUUCACCAUGAGCCAGCAUCUGGAUGUGCACAAGAGGAUCCACACUGGGGAGAAACCGUACACCUGCAGGGUCUGCGGGAAAAAAUUCCGGCAGAUUGGCAACCUGGACUCCCACAUGAGGAUCCACACGGGUGAGAAGCCAUUCAUCUGCAGCCUCUGUGGGAAGAGGUUUCGCCAGAAGAUCUCUCUCGAGACCCACGAGAGAUUCCACAAGAAGGAGAAACCGUACAGCUGCCACCUCUGCACCAAGGGCUUCGUCCAGAAGAUCGACCUGAAAAGACACAUGCUGACGCACACCGGGGAGAAACCGUACAGCUGCCUCAUCUGUGGGAAGAGGUACCAGGAGAAACGCUCGGUAGAGUCGCACAUGAAGGUUCACGCCGGAGAAAGAGCCGACAAAGAUGUGACACCGAAUAUGAAACGGCAGGAAGGAGUUCACGCUGACUUCAUCCAGCUGUGACCUGCAGAGGCACUGACAUGACUCUCACGAUAUAGGUCUCAUGCUUUUAACUCAGAUAGUUUUACAGUCUUAUUUUAGUGUUAUGCUGAUCUGUGAAGCCUUUUUAUACUAAACAGUGUUCAGUAACUAAUUGAUUUUCCACUGAAGAACCUUUUCCAGUAGCCCUGGAACUUUUUUUUUGGAAACUUUGGUACCUUACCUGCGUCUCUACUGCAGGAACAGGGGAAUAGAUUCAGUUCCUGUUUGGAGUCUGCAGUGCUGAACACCGAUUGGUCAAACACAAACUCCAAGCUGCUUCAACUCUUGUACACAGAGGCAGAUGAUCUGCAGGUCUUCACAGUUCUUCAGAUGCAGCAGAAAUACAAACAAGAAUGUGCAAAAGAGAUUUUCAUUUCCCACGUGAGCUUAAUGUCACAUACCAAGUGGUGGUUCUGCUUUUGUGUCCACUGGUGAAUUCCUGGAGCUGAAUUUGCACAGGAGGUAAAACCAAAUCCAGCUUCCAGGUACUUGUGUCUGUGUUUGACCUGUUAGAGGCAAUCAGCUCUGCAAACUCUAUGUGAUAGUUCCUGGACUGUAGAUGUUUUUGGAGCUGAGCAACUGUUUUAAAAUUCUAAAAUCCCCCUUUUUUUAAUCUAUCCACAGUGCAAGAACUGGGAACGAUGAUGAUGAUGAUUUUUUAGCUCUCUUAGCCCAAAGGGAACUUUGAGCGGCGUAAGUGUGACUGGUUGAAGACAUGAACAAACACAAUUUAAAAUCCGAGUUAGCCGUGUCAACAAGAGCUGGAACGAACAUCAAACUGUGGGUGGUUCCUCUCACAGAUUCCCCAGAACUGUUCAGUCCAAAAACGCCGUAUCAGACAGUACUCACCCUGGAACAGGAACUUUUUGGGACCAGACAGUAAAGCCCUUGUUAAGACAAGGAAUCUGUAGCAACUGCCAGUCGAAGUGACGGUUUUCCACCUCUCAGACAGAGGAAACACUGGUCAACAGAGAGGCAGCCACAUAAGUUAAUUCAGUUAUUAAAAACUUUGUGUUGAUGAUCAUUUAGUCCAAACACAAUCUGAUGUGUGUUUGAUCUCUUUAUUUUUCUCACUCCCCUUCAGUCUUUAUAUUUUAAAGUCUCAACCUUUUAAUAUAACAAAUUAGAAACAGAAGAAAAAGUCAGAAAAGACUAAUGAAAUGUUAGCUGUCAACUUAGAAGAAGAAGAAUCAGAAUCAGCUUUAUUGACAGUAUAUAUAUUUUUACACACACACACUGAAUUCGUCUUCUGCAUUUGACCCAUCCUUAGUUGAACACACACAUGCAACACCUGGCAAAUUACAUGCAGUGAAACACACACAGGAGCAGUGGGCAGCAUCAAGCGCCCGGGGAGCAUAUUGGGGGGUUAAGUGCCUUGCUCAAGGACACAUCAGCCGGCUACCUCCGACUUUCUGGAGGUUUUUUAAAAACAUCACUUUGUUUCUCAAUGAUAAUUUCAUGAAUGUAUUAUAUAAGUGUAGAAAACUUCUUUGACAAACAUAUCAGGUGUUUCAGCCUGAAGAUGUGUUGUUUGAAACUAAAUCCUGUUCAUGAAAGAAAAUUAAAACAUUUCAUCUUCCCA